AUGUUUUCGUGCGAUCCCUACGUGAAGAUUUCCGUGGGAAAGAAAUCCAUCAGCGACCAGGAGAAUUACCUGCCCUGCACCCUGGAGCCUGUCUUUGGGAAGAUGUUCGAGCUGAGCUGCACCCUGCCCCUGGAGAAGGACCUGCGGGUGGCCCUGUACGACUACGACCUGCUGUCCAAGGACGAGAAGAUCGGGGAGACCGUCAUCGACCUGGAGAACCGGUUCCUGUCGCGCUACGGGGCGCGCUGCGGGCUGCCCCAGACAUACUGCGUCUCCGGGCCCAACCAGUGGCGGGACCAGCUCCGCCCUUCCCAGCUGCUCCACCUCUUCUCCCUGCAGCACAACUACAAGGCUCCCACCUACAAAUCCGACCGGAUCAUCUUCAGGGAUCGGGAGUACGUCCUGUCUGAGCAGGAGGACGGGAAGGCCCCGAACCCGCACCUGGGGCCGCUGGAGGAGCGGCUGGCACUGCUGGCACUGCGGGAGCAGGGGCUGGUGCCCGAGCACGUGGAGACGCGGCGGCUGAGCAGCCCCCUGCAGCCUGGCAUCCCUCAGAGACCUAAGAGUGGGGAGCACCUUGGAAACCCUGGAAAGGGAAUUAAAAACUCCAGCAGCUGCACAACUCAGCUGGGAAAAAGGAACCCCAGCAGGGAUGAGGAACAUCCCCUUUCCCACUCGCGUCCUUUGCGCCGGGAAUUCCCAAAUCCUCGGCGCGUUCCCGGUUUUCCAUGGGCUCUGUCUGUGCUUUGCAGGUGGCUGGUGGGGCACGAGGAGAACAAGCAGAAGACAGACGUGCACUACAGGUCCAUGGGGGGAGAGGGCAACUUCAACUGGAGGUUCGUCUUCCCCUUCGAUUACCUGCCGGCCGAGCAGAUGUGCCACGUGGCGAAGAAGGAGCAUUUCUGGAGCUUGGACAAGACAGAAAACAAGAUCCCACCGCAGCUGAUCCUCCAGAUCUGGGACAACGACAAGUUCUCCUUCGACGACUAUUUGGGCUCCAUCCAGAUGGAUCUCAACAGGAUGCCCAAACCUGCCAAGACGGCCGAGAAGUGCUCCCUGGAGCUGGUGGACGACACCCUGUCCUCCAACCACUUCGUGUCCCUCUUCGAGCAGAAAACUGUCAAGGGCUGGUGGCCCUGUGGGGCUGAGCAGGACCACAAGAGGAUCCUGGCGGGCAAACUGGAGAUGACUCUGGAGAUCGUGGCGGAGCAGGAGCACGAGGAGCGCCCGGCCGGGAUGGGAAGGGACGAGCCCAACAUGAACCCCAGGCUGGAGGAGCCCAAGCGCCCGGAAACCUCCUUCCUGUGGUUCACCUCCCCCUACAAGACCCUCAAGUACAUCCUGUGGAGGAGGUACAAGUGGAUGCUGAUCCUGCUCAUCCUGCUCUUCAUCCUGCUGCUCUUCCUGGGGGUCUUCGUCUACGCCUUCCCGAACUACGCUGCCAUGAAACUGGUGAAACCCUUCAACUGAGCGGGGCCGGCGCGGGAGCUCCGGGAUUCGGGAUUGGGGAUUCGGGACUUGGGAUUCGGGAUUGGGGAUUCGGGAACGGGGAUUCGGGAAGGACCUGCGGCUCCGGAUCCCGGCGGGGGGAGAAGGAACCACUUCCCCCAGGCCCUGGAUGGCUCCCAGGAUGGACACACCAAUUCCUGGCUGGAGAAUCCGCCUGGGAAUGUCACGUCCCCAACCCUGCCCGGGGAGCUCUCGCUGUGCGUCCUGCUCAGUGCGUUUGCUUGGAUUUUGGGUUGCUUUAUUUU